AUUAGUUUUGACCUCUAGGAAACCCUCGGGGAGAGCCCUCUCGCGCCAACCCUCACUCUCUCGCCGUCUCCUCCUCAAACUUUUUCAAUCUUCUGAUAUUGCACUACGCAAGACAGCUUAAUCCUUAGGUUUCGUGGGUCUGCCGUCUUUUGUCCGCCGUUCAUUCUCGACGUCGUGCGUAGCGGAAUUUUAAAAAAGUAUUUUGAUGUCGAAAGGAAAGCCCAUAAUUGGCCUCUCUUGGGAGCCAAAGCUGCCAGCCUCCUCAUCGGGGAUCAAAGCUAAAACUUGCGACAAAUCUAAUAGUCAAGCAGAAAACGGUCUUGUUUGGAAAAGCAAUUCAGAGCUUGUAGAUGGGUUAUUUGUUCCACCAAACAACCCAAAAAAGUUGAACAAGUUAUUGAGAAAGCAAGUCAGUGACACGGCUGGGAGGAAUUGGUUUGACAUGCCAGCAAAAACCAUGACCCCUGAAGUGGAAAAAGAUUUGCGCUUGUUGAAGCUGAGGAGUGUCAUCGAUCCAAAGAGACACUACAAGAAGGGUGAUUCGAAGUCGAAAACUCUUCCCAAAUAUUUCCAGGUGGGAACUGUGGUUGAGUCUUCUUUGGACUUCUUCUCGGGUAGAUUAACAAAGAAGGAAAGGAAAGCAACGCUUGCAGAUGAGCUGCUAUCCGACCAGGCUCUCACUCAGUACAGAAAACGUAAAGUUCGAGAAAUCGAAGAACAGAAUCGACCUGGUGGCAACGAUAAAUGGAAAAUAAGGGGUCAUCAUUCACGAAAACGGGCAAAGGAUAGGAGGAACUAGUUAAGCUUUCUCACAAUUUUGACGUGUGAGCCAGAUAAAUACAGCAGGAUCAAAAAUCAAGUCCAAACGGGGAUGGGACUCAUUGUGAUACAAAAGUAUGCGAAUUCAUCAUUAGUACUGGCGGCUCCAACUUGAUCUAUGUGCUUGGUCAAAUAUUACCUCCUUAUUGAGUUGAUGAUUUUUAUUAGGAAAUGACAUGUAACUGAGAAAUUACUUUUAUCGACAAAGAAAGUUAUGACAAAAGUGCUUUUUGAGGAACAGACGUGCUGUCCAUAAACCAUUGGGAAUAUGAACAAAGCAUAUUAUUGACUUUUUUGUGUGUGUUUAAAAAAGUUUAUGGAGUUGAAAGGUUGAAUGGUAACUAUUUUUAUGAUCA